AGUAUUUGUAAAUAAUAAUUGAACUCAAUAUCAAUUAAUAACAAUGAGCCUUCCAUUAAAGGAGACAUAUUUGAAGUAUAAAGUGUGUGUUAUCUGCAACGUUCCACAGUCACAGGCGCCAGGAGUUCUAUACGCCAAGUUUCCUCAGGAUGUCCAUCGAUGUCGGAAAUGGAUACGAGUGAUUGGUGCCGUGGAACUCCUCCAACUCUCCUUGAAGAAGCUCCAGUACCGCUUUGUGUGCGGCAACCACUUCCUCCCCCAGUAUUUCACUAAAAGCGGGAAGCAUUUGACCAAAGAUGCGGUGCCAACAGUGUUCCCACAUACUAUCAAGCCUCUCAAGAGAGAUGUGGUUAAAUUGUUUCCCAUGCUUAUGAACCGGACUAAGGAUAAGAUUUUACUUAAAUGCACUCAAAGGAUUGUGCCCAUAAAGAACCCAGACUUACAAUCCCCCGACUCCACAACAUAUGAAUACUUAGAUGAGUUUCAAGAACAUAUGGACCCAGAUGGUCCUGAAAUCUCAGGACCUUUAAUAACAAUAAAACAAGAGUCACAGGACCCAACUCUUCAAGAAUGUCUACCCAAGAUAAUUCCGAUAUUGCACCACAACCUGCCACCCAAUUCACAGACAGCAGAAAUCUACACCAUCAACAAGGACCGCCAGGUCAUACCCAUCACCACCAAAGUGCUCAGCGAUGGCAAAGAAUGUAUUAUAGAGUUAUCACAAAAGAAGAUGCCGGCCCCCAAACAACCAAAAGUGAUACCUGUCAGUAACAAAGUGUUGUCAACAAUUCUUAAGAAAGACUAUGUCGAUGUGGAGAUAGAACCAAUCGAUUACAAGUCUAAGAGAAAACUACAAAGAGAAGAGGAACUGCAAAACCAAAUCGUAAAACUACAGCGGAGAAAUAAACAACUAAAACGGAUACUCAAAAACAUCUGCUUAGUCGACGAAAUUGAGUCCCCUAACAUAAAGAGGGUUAUAGAAAAGGCAAUGUACAAUAAACGGUUGAAAGAAGGCAUCAAUGAGUUCACACACGAGAAACAGAUGGCGGCGGCCAUUUUGAAAAGGGCUUUAAGUGCAUAUCACUAUUUGAGCUGUUUAAUGCCUUUACCUAGUGUGUGUGCGUUAGAGAAGAUAGCUAAAGGAGUUCCUUCUAGGAGUAAAACUACUAAGUGUAGACAUUUGUUAUAGAAAUAAUUAGGUACAUAGUUAAAAUCAUGCUAACGUUCUAUGAGUGCGAAAGUGCAUUGUUUAGGUGG